AUGUCAAAAAUUACUCCACUAUCAAAGUCUUUAAUUCAGAUAUGUGGUAUUGAUGCUACGAAGUUUUUAAAUGGUCUUGUCACUACGAGGCUAUUGCCUAACGUUAUAAAAAAGAAGGAACAUACUUUUAGUGAACAGAAACACGCAGAACUUACAUCUAUGAUUGACAUCCACAAGAAUUGGGGAUUGAUGCAUGAAGAUAUAUUUGACCCCCAGGAAAAAAUUCUCGUCUCUAGAGAUGGUGACAAUUCAAUGUUUCUAAAUUCUAAAGGCAGGGUUGUUACCGAUUGUUUUCUCUACAGUAUUCCAUUUCAUAAUAUAAACCAUGAAAAUAAGGAAGUCUUGGAAGAUGAACCGAGAUACUUAGUUGAAGUCGAUACCUCUGUAUCGUCUCAAUUACUAAUGAUGUUGAAAUUGCAUAAAUUGAGCUCUGACGUAAGCAUCUCGAUGAAAAAUACUUUAUAUUCUUACUACUAUUAUAACGAUUCCCCUGAGUUUGACGAGUGGUUAGAAAGCUGCCAGGAUCAGUAUUUUGUGACACCCAGUCCACUUGAUGCCUUAGACAAAGCAAAUUCCUUCGUAAGGAAUGAAACAAUAUUUAACAAAAAGGCUGCGGAGAGCAUAUUGGGCUUUGCAAUUGAUAAUAGAAUCCCUAACUUCGGAAUUAAGUUCAUAAGUACUCAACCGUUACAUGACGAUCCAAACCGAUCUCCUUCUAAGAAUCUGCUAAGCUUGUCUGAUCUAUUUUCUGAUCUGUUUCGAGAUAGAUUUUCAAUUGAAUUUUGUGAGGAAGAAGAGAUCAAGAGACGCAGGUAUGCGAAUGGGUUAUUUGAAGUUUCAGAUGCUAUGAAGGGGACCUCAUUGCUUCCUUUUGAAUGUAACCUAGAUUAUACUAAUGGCUUGUGUUUAGAUAAAGGUUGUUAUGUUGGUCAAGAACUUACCAUCCGAACAUAUAAUAAUGGUACUAUUCGUAAAAGAAUCGUUCCUGUACAAUUCUUUUCACUCAAGGAAGGCUCAGUUGAACUAAUAGGUGAUCAGGAUUUCAUUGAGAUCAGUCUUGAUGAUCCUGUAAUAAUGGAUCUUCAGCAGCUUAGUCCAUCUAUAAUAUCUAAGAUGGAUGUGUUUCCACUAAAUAAUAAUGAAAAUGAGAAGAAUAGUACAGAAGAUACUAUUCCAAGUUUUGCAUCAUCACCAUUUGGGGCCUCUUCAAGACCUGUCAGAAAAAGAAAUACAUCCUCGGGAAAGCUAUUGUCCAUUGAAAAUAACACUGGGUUCAUGCUAAUUUCAUUGCUGACAAUCAAGAAGAAUGACUUAUUUAAAGUAGAAAUUCCAAGUUUAGAAGGAGGAGGAUCAAAAACUUUAGGUUGCAAGGUCUUUAUUCCUGAUUGGUGGCCUGAGGAGUUCGAUUAA